CAUUUCAUAACAUCAAUUUGUUGACUUUGCAUCUAUAUUGCAAUGCUCGCUGUCUAUCUAUGAGCCGAAGAUGACAGCUAUAAGUAGCAAUUGGGAAAUUUGCAUGAAUUAUUCGGAUGGAAAAAAUUCUAAUGACUUGACCUAGUUGUACAUUUUUUAUUAUCAUGCAACCCCUAUUUCAUUUUGACAAGAUAUAUAAAAACAAAAUACUUCAUAAUGGAUAUAAACGAGAUGAAAUCAAUUUUAAAAGACUUUUUGUUGCAACAUCACAAAAAUGACACGUUAGAAAUGUUGCUAGCCGAUGAACUUGACAAGCAUUAUUCUAUUCAUGUAAAUGCACUGGAACUAUUUGAUAACAAUAUGGUUGCCUCUGCACAACUUUUAAGAGCACCUCUGGAAUCAUUUCAAGCAUUUGAUAUGGCAUUACAUUUGACACAGGAAACUGUUUUACAAGAGUACGGGGGUAAUCAAACGGAAUUAGCAGUGAAAAGAAAUUGUCAUGUUAGACUGUCAAAUCUUCCAAUUUGUCCAGAGCUUACAAGAGAUAGGAUCCCGAAGUGUGAAGAUGUUUCAUCCUUUCUUGCUGUGACAGGGACAGUCAUCAGAUGUACUGUGGCAAAACUGCUUGAAUAUGAGCGCCAGUACAUGUGCAACAAAUGUCGUCACGUUUUUCAUGUACAUGCAGACUUUGAGCAAGGUUACCAGUUUGGAAAAUCAUUGUCAUGUCCAUCUCCCGAAGUUUGCACGUCUCAAAAGUUUACAGUUCUGGAGGAUAACACAAAACGAGCUGGUUCAAAAUGUAAGGACUAUCAAGAGGUCAAAAUCCAAGAACAGGUGCAAAAAUUGGAUGUUGGUAACAUUCCUCGCUCAAUGUGGGUAAUUUUAGAGGACGAUCUUGUUGAUGCAUGCAAACCAGGUGAUGAGAUUACUGUUUGUGGCGUUAUAUUAAGAAGAUGGAAAAAUGUUUAUCUAGAUACUAAAUGUGAGAUUGAAUUAGUUGUCAAAGUCAACUCUGUCACCAUUAACAAUGACCAAAGAUCAUCUGUCUUCAUCACAGAUCAAUUAAAAAACGAAUUUCAAUCUUUCUGGAAGAAACAGAUGUUAUGUCCACUACAAGGCCGCAACAAAAUUUUAGCAUCGUUUUGCCCCCAAGUGUUUGGCUUGUACAUAGUUAAAUUGGCAGUGGCUCUUGUUUUGAUAGGUGGUGUACAAAGAACGAAAGAAAAUGGAACCAGAAUUCGAGGAGAAUCUCAUUUACUUCUAGUCGGUGACCCAGGUACUGGCAAAUCGCAAUUCCUGAAAUAUGCAUCUAAAUUGAUACCACGUUCAGUGUUAACAACAGGCAUUGGAUCGACAAGUGCCGGGUUAACUGUAACUGCAGUUAAAGAUGGUGGAGAGUGGCAGCUUGAGGCUGGAGCACUUGUCUUAGCGGAUGGUGGUGUGUGUUGCAUUGAUGAAUUUAACAGUAUCAGAGAGCAUGACAGAGCAAGUAUACAUGAAGCAAUGGAGCAGCAAACAAUCAGUGUUGCUAAAGCAGGCCUUGUCUGCAAACUAAAAACAAGGACGACUAUUUUAGCGGCUACGAAUCCUAAAGGAAAAUAUGACCGAAACGAAUCUGUUAGUGUUAACGUUGCUUUGGCAAGCCCUCUAUUGAGUCGAUUCGAUAUUGUGUUGGUUUUACUUGAUUAUCAAAAUGAGGAAUGGGAUAAGAUUGUUUCAGACUUUAUUUUGUUAAAAAAGAAGCCAGAAAAUGGGGUGAUAUUAGAAUCUGGACUUUGGAGCAUGGAAAAAAUGCAGGCAUAUAUAAGUUACGUAAAAUGUUUAAAACCUGCACUUAAUGAAGAUAGUAUACGCAUCCUUCAAAGUUAUUAUCAGGUGCAACGUGCAGCUGAUGCAAGGAAUGCAGCACGUACAACCAUUCGUUUGUUAGAGAGUAUGAUCAGAAUUGCUGAAGCACAUGCACGGUUAAUGUUACGCAAUGAAGUCACAAUACAAGAUGCUAUUGUUACUGUGUGUAUAAUAGAAUCCUCGAUGCAAAACACUGCCUUGUUGACUGGUGUUAUUAAUCCCCUGCAUAAAUCUUUUCCAUUGGAUACUGAUGAUGAGUACCAUAAGCAGGCUCAAGUGGUUUUAAAAAUGUUAAACCUUGUUGAUAUAUUAGAAAAAGUGGAAAAAGACGAGAAAGAGAGAAAGAUGCGAUUGUUGAAUAAUGGUGGAAGUGACACGUUACUGGAACAUGAAGUGUGUCUAAAACAAAAGGAAAACAAUGUAUCUGGUGUGUUGAAUUCCACGAUAGAUUUUAUUGUUAACAACACCCAAAAAAAAGAAUUAGAACAAUCUAAAACACAAAGUUUAAAAUCAAAAAUUGAAACUAACAGGACUAACUCUCAGCAUCAAGAUAAGGCCCCUGCUUUAAGCGUUAAAUCAGACGUUUUUCAAAUUACCAAUCACUUGAAAGAAAAAAACAAACAACCACCUAUUGAAAUAACAAAAAACAACUUGAUCGAUAUGUUUCAAUUGGAAGAUGAUAAUCUUUUUGGUCAAGUGGUAUCAAAUACUACGCAAGCAUGGAAAACUACCGUUAGUAAAGCAAAUCGAUUUUCUGAAAGAGCACCAAAAUCGAUGGGACGGUCAAUAUUCGAGACAGGGGAGAACUUUGAUGAUCUAGACUUUUUAGAUUCGAUUUCAAAUGAUAGCCAAAGUGCUCUACAUACUCCAAAUAAACUUCCUGAUACUAAAACUACUAUCAACUUAAAUUUAAAUGCCACUAGUAAAGUUGCACGUAAGAGGAAAGGUGGUGAGGUACCUCCUGAGAAGGUUCUUGCUUCUCCCAACAAAGAAAUCGGUAAUUCAUCGAAACAGACUAAAUCUUCUACUGUAGACCACAAUCAUAGAAAUAAUAGCGCAGCCACACAGGCUGAAUAUUCUGGGACAGUGGAUAAUAAUAAACACAAAGAAAGGUCUGCUUCAAUUAAGGAAAAUACCCUUAGUCAGUUAAAACGAUUCCAGUUCAGGAAAAGUUCUUAGUUAGUGUAUUUUGAGGUUGUUUUUUAUAUUUUAGUGAUGCUAUAUUAUUUAUGUUUUAUGUUUAAAUAAUUAUACAGCUUUUUUCUUUCUAUGGAAGAUAUUUUAUACAUGUGAGCGAUUCUUGUCAAACAUAUACGAGUAUCAAUUAAAAAAAUCAUUUAUUUUUUUCACAAAUUUUUAAACACCAGCAAUGUCAUUUUAUUUAUAUAUCGUUUUUAUAUUUCUUUGUUUACAUCUUCAUGUAGAAUUUCACAAACAUUGUCAAUCCAAGCUCUAUCUGAUUAAUCAACAGGAUAAUAAUUUUUUGCAGAUAACACGUGGUGUAAACUGAGUGGUUUCACGACCUUAUCAUCUAAUAAGUGAUGUUCAACUUUUUAGGGCUGACCUACUAAAUUAAAAUAUUAGCCUACGAGCAGAAGACACAGUAACAUUUUCUUGUUUCAGCUUGAUGGCAGGUAAAGGUUUGAUGACGAAUUAAUCAACAACUUCUCUAGUAAUGUGAUUAUGUUGGUUUUUCUCUCGAAAUUUUUUUUUUUAAAGCGCAUGGUGACCACUGCCCUGGAAUGUCCUGGAAUUUAGUUUUUCUCCUGAAAUGUCCUGGAAUGUCCUGGACUUUUCUUCUUUUUUAAAGAUUUUCCUGGAAUGUCCUGGAAUUUAGUUUGAAGGCUGCAUAUUAAAUUUUUAAGGAUCAUCAAAUUCUUUUUUUAGGCUUUCUUGCUUGAUUUCUAGUUUUAUCAUUGUUUUAGUAUUUAUCUACCAUGGUAUAUCUAUGUUAUAUUUCACUUGACCUUACCUAACAAUUAAGUUUCUUAUAGUUUACUUUUUAUUUCUGUUUAGAACUAGACUAAGAGAGAUUACGAAUGAUAUAAUAAUGCCAAAGGAAAUCAAAAUUUUUAGACGACUGGCUAAAAGAUCCGAAUUACAAGAGCUG